GUAUCAUUCUCAGAUUCUAUCAAACCUUCACAUAGUUUCCAUUAUAUUCACUCAUCUUUCAUGUUCAAGCUUCAAGCUUUUAUACUUUAUUAUAUAAGCCCACAUCAAAGUAUUGCCCAAUAAAGGUACACCCAUUUCUUGAAAGUAAAAAAGAUUUUUACUUUAUGAAAAAUUAACCAACUUUAUAUUGUUGCUGUGCUAAAAAGUUAAAACCUUGAUGUUUUUUCAUGUACUUUAGGUGGUUUUGCUUACAGAUUUGUCAAGUUUGUGUAAAUUGGUAGUAGUGUAGCUUUUAGGGUUUUGAUAUAUGUUGUUGUUGAAAGUAGAAAGUUGAAGACUUUAGUCAAAAUGGUGUUAGUACUAGGUUUGAAUCUCGCUAGGUAAACAUCUUGGGGCGAUUAGGGAAAGGGCCCCGAAACUGUCUUGUUAGGAAAAACCUGAAUAGAAAAACCUCAUCCGUAUACCCGAUUUUAUUAAGUAGACCCUAAAUGGAUUCAAGAUUUGGUAGAAUUUUUAGCUCUUUGGAUGAAGAUGGUAAUGAAAAUGGAAAUGGGAUUCAUUUUGGGAAUAAUGGAAGUAUGCCUAUUUUUCAUGAUAGUAAGAAUGUAAAGAAUAAUGGUCAAAUAUAUGAAAGCACUUUUUCAACUAAUUAUGAUCCAGUCAAUGGAACUAGUAGUAGGUAUCAAACUACUAGUUCUUCUAUUUACAGUCAAAAUUUUAAAGGUCUACAAUUUCCUAAUUUGACUAAUAGUAAUAAUAUGAUCAAUGAUAUUAAUAAUAAUGUGGGUGGUGUAAGUGCAAGUAUUGAAGAUGAGCUUAAUGAAGAUUGUGAUUUAUCGGAUGCGAUUUUGGGAUAUAUUAGUCAUGUGCUUAUGGAAGAAGAUAUGGAAGAUAGGUCUUGUAUGCUUCAAGAAUCUUUAGAUCUUCAAGCUGCAGAGAAGCCUUUUUAUGAUGUUCUUGGAAAAAAGUACCCUCCUUCCCCACCUCCAUGGCCUCCACCAUCAUCUGACGGCGGUUUGACCUUUGGAGACCAUUGUGAAAAUAGCAUAUAUGUUGAUAGCGUUAGUAGCUAUAGUGAUUACUUAAAUGAGGGUUCAAGUUUACUAAAUUUUGGAGCUCAGAAUAUAUCGUAUACAUCGUUUGGAUCGUCAAGUAAUGGAGGGCCGGAUUCAUAUUCUCCUGCUAGCACUGCGGAUACGUUUGACCUUUGUAAUGAAAAUCAAAUGAUGUGGCAGUUUAGAAAGGGUGUUGAAGAAGCAAACAAGUUUCUCCCAAGUGUCGACAUUUCUGCCAAUGUCAGUUAUGACAAGAUAAGAGAAGAAAGUCCAGUCGUGUUCACAGGAUCAAAGGUAAGAAAAAAUCCUUACGGUGAGGAUAUAACUGAAGUAGAAAAAGAAGAAAGAAGUAUUAAGCAAGCGGCAAUUUUUCCUGAUCCCACUUUGAGGUCUAAAGAGAUAGACUUGAUCUUUCUAUCUAGUCUGGGAGAAGGUAAGGUUGCUUUAGACUCAUUUCGUGACACUUUACGUGAAGAAAAGAUUAAAGAUUCAUUAAAAGAUGUAGAAGAUGUAAGUUUAAGUAAACAGAAAGGUAAAGGUAGAAGCAAGACUCGUGGUAGGAAACAAAAUAGGAAAAAAGAGGUGAUAGAUUUGAGAACUCUUUUAAUUACUUGUGCACAAGCCGUUGCAGCUGACGAUAGAAGGAAAGCAAAUGAACUUUUGAAACAAAUUAGGCAGCAUUCGUCUCCUUUUGGUGACGGGUCUCAGAGGUUAGCUCACUGUUUCGCUAAUGGGCUUGAGGCUCGCUUAGCUGGCACUGGUAGCCAGAUUCACAAAGCAUUAGUGAGCAAGAAAACUUGUGCAGCUGACUAUAUAAAAGCUUACCAGCUGUAUAUGGCCACAUCACCGUUCAGAAAGAUUUCAAACUUUGCUUCAAACAGGACGAUAAUGGAUAAAGCAGAGAAUGCCAUGAGGGUACACAUAAUCGAUUUUGGUAUCCUGUAUGGCUUCCAAUGGCCUACAUUCCUUCAACGUAUUUCACAAAGAAAGGGUGGGCCACCGCGGGUUAGGAUUACUGGAAUAGAGUUUCCUCAACCUGGUUUUAGGCCGGCACAAAGAAUUGAGGAGACUGGCUGGCGUUUAAAAGCUUAUGCCGACCAUUUUAAAGUUCCCUUUGAAUAUAGUUCCAUAGCUAAAAGAUGGGAAAAUGUUACAGUUGAGGAACUUAUGCUUGAUGAGGGUGAGUUUCUAGUGGUUAACUGUAUGUAUCGCGCAAAGAACUUGCUUGAUGAAACAGUGGUGGUGGAUAGUGCCAGAAAUAUUGUCUUAAACCUGAUUAAGAAGAUUAAUCCAGAUAUCUUUAUCCAUGGAAUUCUAAAUGGAUCUUAUAAUGCUCCGUUUUUCCUCACACGUUUCCGUGAGGCUCUUUUUCAUUUCUCAGCAUUAUUUGAUAUGCUUGAAACCAAUGUGCCUCGUGAAAGGCCAGAGAGAAUGCUGCUUGAAAAAGAAAUCUUCGGGAGAGAGGCUUUGAAUGUUAUAGCUUGUGAGGGGUGGGAAAGGAGUGAAAGACCCGAGACAUAUAAGCAGUGGCAUGUUCGAAAUUUGAGGGUAGGUUUAGUUCCAGUUCCAUUAUCGCGGUUUAUUAUCAAGCGGGGAGGUGAGAAAGUGAGCUUAUAUCAUAAAGAUUUCUUGAUAGAUGAAGACAAUCAUUGGCUUCUGCAGGGAUGGAAAGGACGAAUUAUCUAUGCUAUUUCCUGUUGGAAACCUGUUUCUAAGUAGCUAAUGAUUUCAACGUGUGCUUGGUUCGUGAAAUGUUCACUUAUGGCUACAUAUACUUUUUUGCUUUGUUAACGUUCGGCUUCAUUUGGUUUCUACCCGUGGUCAGUGAAAAUGCAUAUUUCUUGUUGGUAACAAACGCCUCUAUGUUCAAUAUGUUCUGCAUAUGGGUACCCCACACCAGCAGACACCUUCUAGCAUCUUGGCAUUACAUAUCUUUCUGAGAACUGUCAAAUUUUGUGUAGUUGAGUAGCACCUCUUAGUCCUUAGUGCCGUAGCUUUCUGUGUAACUUGGAAGGUAGCUUAUGUACUCUUGUAACGCUAAUCCGCCAAACCAAAUGGUUCUUCAUGCUUCAGUUAAUAAUAAUAUAUCAAGACAUUUUGUAUUUCUUUAAUUAACCUUUUUGUUUUAUAUAUAAUUCAUGCAAAAUAGAUUGAUGAGUA